AUGGCUCCUAAAUUGUAUGGUUUUUUUGGUAGCCCACCUUUCGGGGCUGUUCUUAUGUGCGCUAAAGAAUUAGGGCUGGAAUUGGAAAUUGUUAUUGUGGAUUUCAAUGCUGGAGAUCACUUAAAGGAAGAUUUCGUCAAGAUAAAUCCCCAACGCACCGUCCCACUAUUAGAAGAUGAUGGAUUCUAUUUAGCAGACAGUCAUGCCAUCAAUGCGUAUUUAGUAGGAAAAUAUGGCAAGGAAAACGACCCACUAUAUCCCAAACAUGACAUAAAACGCAAAGCUAUCAUUGAUCAUAGACAAUAUAUGGAUUCAAGCAUUGUUGCAGCUAACGCUUUUCAAGUCACUAGGCCACUAUUUUUGAAAAAAAUCAAACCAACUGUAGCGUCUAUUGAAAAUUUCAGAGAAGCCUUGCAAACCAUGGAUAGACAAAUCGAAAUCCAAAACACCAAAUAUAUUGCAGGCGAUGUCCUUUCUAUAGCUGAUUUCAGUAACACUGUUACAAUAACCAGCUGGGGAUAUUUUUUGCCCAAUUGGCCAGAAGAAUUUCCAAAUAUCAAUGCUUAUAUUGAAAGGAUGAAAAAAGAAGAUUGGUUCAAUGUAAACGACGAAGGAUGGAAAAAUUUUAAAGCCAUAAUGGAUUUGUUGAUGAAAUAG